CUCGGCUGGUGCUUGUGUUCCUCCCGGGAGAGGGAGAGCCGAGAGCGCGCGCUCAAGGCUCAGCUGGGCUUUCCAGUUCCUGCAGGCAACGCCCGUCCGUGAUCCCCGACUGCGCCUUCGAGGACAUCCACUCUCUACACUUCCAGAAAAGUUUGGACAAAAUGAAUUUGGGUUGGGUUUGGGAGAUGGCAGCUGCCCCCUGUGUCACCUUUCAGUAGUCCCCACCUCCAGCCCUCUCCAUCCUUGCCACACUGAACCCCCAGCUCCCAGACCCUCCUCCUCCUUCCCUGAUUCCCUGACCCACAGAGGUCAGGGACGUUAGUUCUGCUCUCUUCUGGAUUCACUCUCCUCCCUGUUCCUGUCUGCUGAACUGUUUCACCUGUUCCCAAGCCCGCGCCCUGCCACCCUGGCCUCCUUUUCUCUCCGCCUCUAAACUUUCUCUCCCAUUCCAUGGUCUCUAUCCAGCUUUGCUUGCGCCCACACGGUCCCUGCAUCCACCUUCCUAUCCUUCUCUCCCUCAAAUCCCGAUCAUGGAUUCUGAGCCUUUCUGGAUUGUCACUCCCUCUCCCGGGAGCACCCCGUCUGUCCCCAAUGCCACCACGCCCUGGCUGGGCAGGGAUGAAGAGCUAGCCAAGGUGGAGAUCGGCAUCCUAGCUACUGUCCUGGUUCUGGCCACGGGGGGCAACCUGGCUGUACUCCUGACGCUGGGGUGCCAGGGUCACAAGCGUUCCCGCAUGCAUCUGUUUGUGCUGCACUUGGCCCUGACUGACCUGGGCGUGGCGCUUUUCCAGGUGCUGCCUCAGCUGCUCUGGGAUAUCACCUACCGCUUCCAGGGCUCUGACACCCUUUGCCGGGCCGUCAAGUAUCUGCAGGUGCUCAGCAUGUUUGCUUCCACUUACAUGCUGCUGGCCAUGACACUGGACCGAUACCUGGCUGUCUGCCACCCCCUUCGCAGCCUCCAGCAGCCCAGCCAGGCCACCUACCCUCUCAUUGCUGCUCCCUGGCUGCUGGCUGCCGUCUUCAGCCUCCCUCAAGUUUUCAUUUUUUCUUUGCGAGAGGUGAUCCAGGGCUCAGGGGUGCUGGACUGCUGGGCAGAUUUCUACUUUUCUUGGGGGCCGCGGGCCUACAUCACCUGGACCACCAUGGCCAUCUUUGUGCUACCUGUGGCGGUGCUCACAGCCUGUUACAGUCUCAUCUGCCGCGAGAUCUACAAGAACCUUAAAGUGAAGACACAGGCUGGCAGGGAGCAAAGAAGGGGCUGGAGGACUUGGGACAAGUCUUCUGCCCCUGCUGCAGCCCCUAGAGGUCUGCCAUCCAGGGUCAGCAGCAUCAGCACCAUCUCCAGGGCAAAGAUCCGAACUGUGAAGAUGACCUUUGUCAUUGUGCUGGCCUACAUCGCUUGCUGGGCACCCUUCUUCAGUGUCCAGAUGUGGUCUGUGUGGGAUGAGCAUGCCCCUAACGAAGAUUCCACCAAUGUGGCUUUUACCAUCUCAAUGCUUUUGGGCAACCUCAGCAGCUGCUGCAACCCCUGGAUCUACAUGGGCUUCAACAGCCACCUGCUGCCACGUUCCCUGAGUCACCGCAUCUGCUGCAGGGGUUCCCAGCCCCGAGUGCACAGGCAACUCUCCAGCAGCAGCCUUGCUAGCCGCCGCACGACACUGCUGGCCCACUCCAGUGGUCCAUCUACCCUCCGUCUCAGCCUUAACCUCAGCCUCCACUCAAAGCCCAGGCCUGCAGAGUCCCUGAAGGAUUUAGAGCAGGGGGAUGGAGAAGCCUCCGUGGAGACCAGCAUCUCUUAGAGAGGAGUCCUUGGAACCAGGCUCUGCUCAUCUCAGGCAUUGGGAAUAAGGGCUAAAAGGGUUGAUGGUGGAUGGUACCCAGUGGAGGCUAGUUUGAGGCAGGGUAAAGACGUUAGAAUGGCUGCCACUACCCUAGGUGUCAUGGCAGCCCCUAGAGUGAGUGCUGGCCAACAAUUUUAGAUUGUUGGGAAACAGGAGAAUCAAAUUCCCUGUUUCUUCCACAUUCAUAAAGGCACCCACAAACAUACCCGGCUGGUAGACAUUGUGUUCUAGAUCUAGGGCAGGCCUCAAUGGCACUAUCAACUCAGAGGCUUUUCUCACGACUUAACUAACCGUCCCCAUUCUAACCUGACUGGUACAUCUCAGUGCAACCAAGAGAGGACAGAUUGUUAGAAAGGAGAACAGAACUGCCAUCUAUGCCCACCUAGCUGCAGAAACGAGGUGAUUUGGUGACAGUUUGGAACUGGGUACCCGAUGGUGAUGUGGUACACGUAGGAACACAGUCAAUGCUAGCUCCUCUUCUGCAUCAUUCCUGCCGCUGGGUGGGUGGCCCUGGGACACGCCAUGCAUUCUCAAUGGUCUGUCCACUGGGGCUGAGAUAGGGAGAAAGAGGACGGAAAGGAGUGAAAAGGUCACGAGAAAAUCAGGAGAAAGAAUAAACCUGCCAGGCCACAGGGCUAGGGCCUUCCUCCUCGUCUCCUCCAGCCUUCCUUCCUCUGGUACUGUGUGGAACAGACGUCCUUUUUGAAAAGACCCCGCCAUGGUCAUGGCUCUAGAAACCACUGAAGUUCUAAGGGAAGAUGCAGUUAAGGUUUCAAGUCUCUGCUGCGCCCUGGGAAACCACCUCUACUCUCUAGCCUCAGCUUUCUCACCUGCACUGGGGGAGACUCCAAGGUCUUUCUCAACUCUAGCCAUCUGUGACUGCAAAACCAGAGUUCUGUAACAGCACAAAACCACAGAGAAUGUUCUAACCAACA